AUGAAGUGGAUCAACGUCCUUCAUUUCUUCCUCUUUCUUGGAGCUUUGGCUGUCACCAAAGCAGAUGAAGGCGAAGAGCACCCCUUUUAUAUCAAUCACCCGUACAUCCCACCCAAUUCUAUCAUGGCGCGAAGUCCCUGUCCAGCUUUGAACACUUUGGCCAACCAUGGAUUCAUCAGUCGAAAUGGUGAGGGUGUCACCGCCGACGAUAUCACCGUUGGCUUUCAGAAGGUUUUCAACCUCAGCCCAACUUUUACUGCAUUCCAGGUUGGCGUAGCCAAGUCUGUGGGUAUCCCUUUUUCUGUCGAUGCAUCCGGCAAAGAAUCCUUCAAAUUGAUUGAUUUGUUUCUACACAACUUGUUGGAACAUGAUGCCUCUCUUGUCCGUCAGGAUGAACACUUCUUCCAUAUUGCACAGUACGACGGAGGAUUGUUCCAGGCUAUGGUGCAGCCUGCAGUAGAUCGGGGUGAUGAAUGGGUCACUCGUGAAGAUAUCGCUAUUCAUCUUGCCAGACGCAUUCGACAUUCCAUACGGAACAACCCCCAAGCAGAUUUUGAACUUGAUCCCGGCUUUGUGCCGCGAUAUGCCGCUGAGAUACUGAGUUUAUUUACAUUCGAUGAUGAUGCUAACCUUGAAAGAGCCAGAAUCACCAGAUUGAGAAGUUUCAUGGAUGACAACAGAAUCCCAGACGAUUUUGUCCCCAGGAGUACAUUGGGGCAGACAAUCUUUACAUCUCCCUUCGAUCCACGAUUUGUUUCUGGCGUUCAAUACUUUGCACCCGUUAUCGUCAAUGCAAUUGCUAGUGCUGCUGAAGGCUAUGUGGAUUCCGAAAUGGGCGGAGAUCCCCAUCUCAAGACAUUUGCCGGAGAGUGGUUUGAUUAUUCUGGAGAAUGUGACCUAAAACUCAUCCAUGUCCCCCAGUUUACUGGAGGAAAGGACGACUUGGACAUUCAUGUACGCACAACUGGACGGUAUGGCUACAGUUACAUUGAAUCAGCGGCCAUUCGCAUUGGCGAUGACACUCUCCAGGUCUCCAGCUGGGGUGAAUAUGCUGUCAAUGGAGUUCACGGUGCUAGGAACACGACAGCCAAGCUUAGGCAAGGCCGAAAGCAGCAGCAGCAGCAGCAGCAAAUUCUUUUGUUGGGUGGUCAAUAUCCCAUUUAUCACAAAGUCACGAGCCCAAAGACUCAUGUCUUUGAUGUCAUGCUGGGCAAGGGUCAGAACAUCACCUUCAAGAUUCUAAAGGACAUGGUGACUAUCCAGAUCCGGCAUGCCACCGUAGAAGACUUUGGUGAAGUGAUGGGUGUGUUGGGUGAUUUUCAUGGCAGCAUGCUAGCCCGUGAUGGGGUGACUGAUUUUAGUGGCGAUAUCAAUGCCAUGGGUCAGGAGUGGCAGGUUCGAGCUGAUGAACCCAAGCUGUUUCAAACUGCAAGAGCUCCCCAGUAUCCCGACAAAUGUGCUUUCCCCCACAUAGCCAAGAAGACAGGACGUUGGUUGGGAGAGGCUAUUAGUGAAGACGAAGCCCAGACUGCAUGUGCUCAUUUGAAAAAAGAUGACGCCCAUGAGUUUGAAAAUUGUGUCUAUGAUGUGAUGGCCACCAAUGACUUGGACCAAGCCCUCCGUUAG